CCAUCUUGUACUGGUCUGUCAGUAGGCUGCUGAGCUCUGCGCUGUCCUCUUCCGCAAGGUUACAUAGAUCCCCACGGGUUGCCAUUAUGGGAAUAUAAUAUUCCACCUGAAGCUCUGCAAGUUACCUUCCGUGUUAUUUAAGAUACACGUGGUAUGAUUAAGUGAUCUUUAAAAUAUUUUUCGUUCGGUAGGAAGUCGUUUGAAAUCGGACACCGCUGAUGUUUUAGCGUCCAUCUCCUCUCGUAGGCUGCGCUGCGGAGUAAUAUGUUGUUGGAACCGACAAUGUGGAGGCUGUUAAAAUGUCUACUAGGAAAAUGAAAUCGUUACAAUCGUAACAAUAAGAAAAUCGGAAUUAACACAAGAGUUGUAAUUCCACCCGGAAAGACAGUUUCGAUUUCGUGACCAGGACAACAACAAGCCGAUCCGGUAGAGGGGAGGUUGAUAUUGUUUUUGCUCAUCUUCAUCAAACCCACGGUCCGGAGCACGGGGAAGGAUCCUAUCCCCAACUUUGUUUUUCUCUACUCCAGGCGCUCAUUUUGUAUGUUGGAUGCCCGAUUAUUAAGUCCAGCGCAGCGCCCAAGUUGUCGGAGGGGCCGCCGGGGGAAGCGGGCUCUUGGAUUUCGGUCCGGCCUGGAGGAGGAAGACCUCGCGUUGGUUGAGCAGCGUUUUCGCUGUACGGCCAAAGACUUCUUUGUUCGGAGGCCAUAACGAUUCACUUACUGAGACUUAAAGGGCCAACAAACAACAGCACAGAAUGGCUGCUGCUGUGGGAACAGACAAGGAGCUCAGCGACUUGCUGGACUUCAGUGCGUUUACGCUUCCAUUUCAGAUGUUUGCACCGCCUGUAUCAAAUGGCAAGAACCGCCCAACGACUCUCGCCAGCAGUCAGUUUGGAGGUUCAGGUGUGGAUGAGCGGACCGGGCCGGGCCCCUGGGGGCCGGCGGAGCAGAGCAGUCCAUCCUUCAGCCAGACCAGGGGUUACCCGGAAGGGGCCGUCUACAACGAGCACGAGGGCAUCCCCUCGGCCCCCGCCUUCGGCUCGGGCAUCGUCGUGCGCCGCCCACCAGGCAAGGCCGAGCGAGGAUCCUAUUCUUCGUUCACCGCACAGCCGGGCUUCAUGCCCAGCGAGAUGCCCAUGCCCAGCCCCGAUGCCCUGUCCCCGUCCAGUGUCAAGUCGGGCUCCCAGUUCUACUCUCCCUACCAGGGCGGGAACCCCCGCCGGAGAACCCCACAGGACAGCAUGGAUCCCCAGCCAAAAAAGAUCCGGAAGGUGCCCCCUGGCCUGCCGUCCUCGGUGUAUGCACCGGCUUCAGGGGAGGAAUUUAACCGGGACAGCGCUGGCUACCCGCCCUCCAAGGGGGGCAACGCCUACCAGGCACCGUUCUACAUGCAAGAAGGCCUCCAUCCUUCCUCGGAUCCGUGGGCGGCUGCCGGGCCGAUGGUGCAGCCUGGCUACUCUGCCGUGCUGGGCAACUCCCCCCACCUGGGCCAGCACGCCCCCUUCACUGCCAUCCAACCCCAGGACAGGCUGAAGAGGCAGCCGCUGCCCCUGUCCCCCCAGAGCUACCCGCUGCACGGCAGCGAGGUGAACGGGAGCCACCCUCCCGGCUUCCACUCGGCCUCCAGCGGCUACGGCCCCCCCAACCACACGCCGCCGCUCAACGGCACCGACGCCAUCAUGGCCAACCGAGGGACGGCUCCCGGAAGUUCAGGCGACGAGAUCGGGAAAGCCCUGGCAUCUAUCUAUCCCUCGGACGCAACCAGCAGCGCCUUCCCUUCAUCUCCGUCUCCCCCCGCCGGCUCGCCCCAGGCUAUUUCAGGCUCCGCCUCCCAGUGGACCCGGUCCUCCGGCCAGGCCACACCCUCCCCCAACUUUGAGGGAGGAAUUCAAGCUCUUCAGAAUAAAAUGGAGGACCGUCUGGAAGAAGCCAUCCAUGUUCUCCAGCGUCACGCCGGCGGCCAGGGAGGCCCAGGUCUGGCAGAGAUGCACAGCCUGCUCUCGUCUGGCAUGGGGCUGGCACAGACCUUCGGCAGCGCGGGGCUGGGCAUGGCCAGUCGCCUUCAGGGACUGAUAUCAGGAGGCAACCACGAGGACUCUCCUGGACUGCCCUCUAGUGGCGGCCUGCUGCACGGCCAGCACGGCGCCUCCUCUGGCCAGCCGGGCUCUCAGGCCGAAGGCUUCAACGGCCUUCCUUCGGCCUGCUCAGUGUCUUCACUGCUCACCUCUCUCCUAGGGCUGCCCGGCGGCCUGUCCCGCUCCAGCGGGGGGGACCUCAAGCGGGAGGACAAGGACGACGACGACGACAACUCCUCCAUGAACGACAAGUCGGACGACGAGAGGAAGGACAUGAAGGCUCGCAUCCGAUCCAGUUCAGACGUGGGUGAAUUUCGGAUAUCCCAACUCUUAACCAGGCUAACCCGUGCAACAGAAUCCGGGGACGAUGUGGAUUUGGAUGACGAUGACGAGGAUCUGCCGGUGGAAGUGAAGGCUGAGCGGGAGAAAGAGCGGAGGGUGGCAAACAACGCUCGCGAGCGGCUACGCGUGCGGGACAUCAACGAGGCUUUUAAGGAGCUGGGGCGCAUGUGUCAGCUACACCUAAGCAAUGAGAAACCCCAGACCAAACUCCUCAUACUGCACCAGGCCGUAAACGUUAUACUCAACCUGGAGCAGCAAGUCAGAGAGCGUAAUUUAAACCCAAAGGCUGCGUGCCUGAAGAGACGGGAAGAGGAGAAGGUGUCGGGCGUGGACCCUCAGAUGCAGCUGGGAGGGGGUCACCCCGGGCUAGGAGGAGAUGGACACAACCCAGUGAACCAUAUGUGAUUCUCAGUUCCUGUUGAUUGUACAGCCCUUAAAACAUGUGGCCUUAACCUAUUAUCAUGCAUUACAGUGCGUGUUAAAAAAAAACAGAAAACAAAUGGAAAACACGGACACACACACCUCAUUACCGCAAAGCCAGUGGCCACAUUCCUGAUCAUGAAUAAGAGAGUAUCAAGCACAUUCAUCGAAAGAGUUUUAGGAGUCUUGAAAAUUGCAAAUCUGUGAACUCUGAAGGGACAUUUUUUUGGAGACUUUUGGAAAUCGGAACAUAAUGAGGUCCGGUCUACCGGUUAUGUUUUUUUUUUUUUGUAAGACAUUUCAAAAGAAAACAAAAGUUGGUUUCUUGUUGGGAGCAAAUUGUGUUUGGAUCAAAUAGUACUUUUGGAUAAAUUGCUCAAUGGAGCAAGUUUGGGAUCUGUAUCCUUGGAUAGUUAUUCGGCAUUCCCGUUGGAACAGGAGGUCUUACAUUCAUUACAGGCAAAAAAGGACACCAGAGUAAAUCAUGUGUUUGAAUAAUACCUGUUGUAAUGUUUGCCUAUUUUAGGCAUAGUGUUUGGUCAUGAUAAAUUUACAAUAAUUUUCAUUUCCCCCUUAAAAGAUGACUGAAAUAUGGAUGUAGGUUUGGAGAGACAAGGCCAUAAUAGCAUUUGAAAUACUGGACAGAGAUGUUUCAUCUUUUGUGUGCGUGUGUGUAUGCUAGUCACUAUUGGCUGUAGAUUGUUUUUUUUUAAGAUAAAAAAAACUGAACUCUGCCAGUCACGGACUUAGGUAUUUGUUAUUUUAACCAUUGGUACCCCCAACUAUUACGUCCCGGCCAUCUUUUAAUGUCACUGCCAUGGUUACAGAAUGGAACGACUGCCAGAGAGGGAUAAACCACCGACCGACACAAGAGAGAGGACUCAUUACCAGUGGAGCUUCCCGCUGAUCACAUGGGGGGAGGGGAGG